CAAUCUCUCUUUUUCAUGUCCGCUAAUGAAGUUAUUUUCCUGCAAGUUCUUGCUGCAAGAAAGCAUUGAUGCUGCUUCUCAAAGACAUAGUGCCCGCAGCACAGAACAACAUAGAUACAAAAUUUAUACUUCUGGAGAAAGGAAGGACAACAUUAGAAGGGCAAAAUAAGACAUGCUUGGCACUUGUAGCUGAUGAGACUGCAGCAGUUCACUAUCAGUUCUGGGGAGAUGAGUGUGACGUAUUCGAGCCUGGCGACAUCAUCCAUUUGGCCAAUGGUAUCUUCUCUUACCACCGUAAUAAUCUCGUACUAAGGGCAGGGAAGAGAGGGAAAGUAGAGAAGGUAGGAGAGUUUACUAUGGCCUUUGUUGAGACGCCAAACUUGAGUGAGAUUCAUUGGAUUCCUGACCCAAAUAAUCCUAAAAAGUACGUCCAGGAAUAUGUAAUGUCUCCACUCUCCCGUGUUUUUCCCCCAGUAACUUAA